CGCCACACAUCAAACUCACCCGGCGCCUGGUGGAGAGAGACAAGGGGAUGAGAGACGGAGAGGUGCACGCGGACCGAGAGCACCUACGACGCCAGUGGGUUACAAUGGAGACCGUUCAAUAGAGGCUAUCCGCCAUGCGACGUGUCCCGCAGAGGAGGGAUGUAACAAGGCACCUGAACAGGACGGCAGAUGAGAUCCACACAGUUUCGGAGACUCUCCUCUUCCGGUGAUCUCAAACAGUCCGCGGGGCUUGGUGGGGGUGUACGGGACAGGGGGCGCACGGCGAACGGCCGCUCCGGCUUAACUGUGGCUUGAAGAAAAGACAUUCUUGCUGUCUUAUUGAAACCUGCAGGAGCUCUGCGGGGGAAGGGUGGUCUUCACCAUGAGGGCUUUUUCAGCAAACUUGGUCGCCCUGCUUUUCCUCUGCGCCCUUGCGAGUGUGUUCUACGUGUGGAGCGCACUGGAGAGCCGUUUGGAGCGACACAAACGCGGCUUCUCGGUGCCGGGCGGAGGCUCUGCUCCCCAGGGUCUCCCGGCGGACCUCUCCGCCAAAACUUUCCGGGCAUUGCUCGCUGUCCCAGCGGCACAAAGACCACACUUGGGGGGCAGACUCGAGGCUCCCAACCUCACUGAUCAAACGACCGCCGCAGGAAAUCGAGAUUACCAUGUGAAUGGGGAUAACAAGAGAUCAGCGCCGCGGGAGGGCCCUGUCAAGUUGGGCUCCCCGGUGGAGGAUGGGGUAUUUUGGAGUGAAUGGCUGGAGGAUCUCCUCCCCGUGGGCUUCACGGAGGAAUACGCCCGGGCUUGGCGAGAGAGAGCCAGGACACGCCGAAUAGUGAAGCUGGAGCCCGGAUGCGGAAGGAUAUCUAACCAACUCGCCACUUUCUCAGAUGGGACCAAAGCGUGUGUGCGUUACGGGAUAAACGCGGAUCAGGUGCAAGGGGAAACUUUGACAUAUUACCUUGCCAGUUUGCUGGGCAUCACAAACCUGCCUCCUCUAACACUGUCCCAGCUGAACGGCGACAGUGAACAAUGGGCGGCUGUGAGGUCGCGGAUAGGUGGAUUGCAGUGGAGCGAUCGCGCCGUGGUUUCUCUCACCGAGUGGGUCUCCAACCUGACCGGGGUGGUCACACCGGCGCCGCUCCGGCAGGAGAGCAGCGGGCUGCAUCCUGUGCCCGGGGAGCUCUGGAACAAGACGACGGCGGAGCUGCUGGAACUGAUGCAGUGGAGCGACCUGAUCAUCUUCGACUACCUGACCGCAAACUUCGACAGACUCGUCAGCAAUCUGUUCAGCCUGCAGUGGGAUCCGCGCGUAAUGGAGAGGGACACCAACAACCUCCUCAAAACACCCCGCGGGGACCUUGUGUUCAUAGACAACGAGGCCGGACUCGUGCACGGCUUUCGGGUGUUGAACAUGUGGGAGAAAUACCACAACACGAUACUGAGCUCUGUGUGUGUGUUCAGAAAAAGGACCAUGCAGCGCGUGGAGGAGCUGCACAGGGGCAGAGACGCCAGGCGAAUGCUGCUGGAGCUCUACAGAGACAGCGAGCCUUUGUCUCUGGAACUGGGAUUUCUCUCAGACGAGCACGCCGGUGUUCUCCAGGACAGGAUAGACCGAUUAUACAAACACAUGUUGCACUGCAAAGGAAAGUACAGCCGGCUGUGAGCAUUCGGCGGGCACGUGGUGAUGGGUUUGGUUGUUGGCACGGUCUAACGGCACACCUGUGCUAAACUGAUGCGCAUUACACAAACUGUCUUGAAUACCCAGAUGAACUACCUCUUGUGAAUAGAAUGCGAUGCAUAGGCCUACUUUCUAAAUAAGUACACGUGACCCGUGUUUAUAAGCUCCCUGCUGAGAUUGUCACUGUACGCCUCACAGAGAGGUAUUAUUAAGGCUAGUCUCUGUCCUGUCUUACUUCUCCCCCACCAAUGCUCACAGGAUAGGAAUAAAUAUGAACAAUUAGGCUAUAUGUGUGACCCUGGUAUCAUAACACAGCCCUUCCAUGUGUAUUUGGAUUCUGGCCUUGUAUUCAGCAAUCCUAAUGAUAAACUCCUAAGCCUUAACAUAAGUUGACUCUUGAAUUCUGUACUUCUGUUGACAUCUGACUUGCUGUAUAGAGAAAAAUUGUUUGCACAGCACAUUGUCAUCACAGCACCUGCACUCCUGUAAUUGUGUUUGAAUUGCAUAUUCAGCCUUAAAGUCACAGGUGUACCAUACCAAUUGUAAAUAUUGUAAGUACGUUGUAAAUAUUGUCUGCCAACCUGUUGUGGAAAUUUGAUGCUCCACUACUUUAACGUGCAUUGUAACAUUCCAACAUCUCGUGUCCUUUUUUUAUAAAUACACUGUAAUUUAAUUUAACUGCUGUAAACAAUGUGUUUUUUUUAAUGCAGUUUGUACUUAACUCCCUUAUUAGAGUGCAUCAAAUAUUGAUCUAGUCUGCCUCUGUGCAGUAGGCUACAUCCUGCCUCUGU